GGUUGUACUCGCUAUCCAAGGGGGCAUGACUGACGGUACAAAAGGAGUUGUGGUUAAAAGAUCUGUUUCUUUAACAGAAUCCCACCAACUGGCACUGGCUUAUUGUUAAUUAUACAUAUUAUUUUUAAGUAAUCCAUUUUGAAAAUACAUUUUUGUAUUUAUAUAUUUUUUUAGUGGUAUCUGUUUUGACAUGGGUAAAAGCUGCACAGAUACGGCAGGAUUAAAGCGUGUGGCUGUGAAAAAGGGGCACAGAUUCAUGGGCUGAUCCAGAGGAGCCCACCCCCUUUCGUUAAAAGUGUCAUUAACAAUAUGUUGCGUAUCAGGUAUCCCCCUCCAUGACGGUUGUGAUCCCCUUUCAUGAGAGUCUGGAUUCACCCUUGAGAUUCUGGUAACAUUGAGAAGGAAGGCAGUCAGAUGAAGCGAGAUGAAAUCAAAAGAAUGAAACACUUGGAAACGGUGAUGGCGCGGGGCGAGAAGAAAGACAUCAAGAAGCAUUUGGAGGAGUUGGUGUUUGGAGCAGAGGUCAAACUUCUUGAGAGGCUCAGCGCUGCAGAGACUGAAGGAGCUGUGAGUGGGAAUCUGCUGGAUGAAGACUCCAGUGAUUCAGGAGUAGAAAAUGAAGCUCCGUUCCAGGUCCAGUCUGCUCAGAAGGCUGCCUGGGAGGAUGAGGACGACCAGGGGGGAGGAGAUUCAUAG